CCUUUUCCUUCUUUCUUUCAUUCGUUGACGUUACAGAAAGAGGUUCCUACCUUUGAAGAUGUCGUCUAAAGUGUCGCGCGACACUCUUUACGAGUGCGUAAAUGCUGUCCUCGAGAAAUCGAAGGAGAAGAAACGCAACUUCCUGGAGACUGUAGAGUUGCAAAUCGGUCUCAAGAAUUAUGACCCUCAGAAGGACAAGCGUUUCUCCGGCACUGUCAAGUAUGUUUACCUGGAAAGAGAUUUGUUUGUAGGAUUAAGUGGCUUUCUGCCCUCGUAUUGUUAAUUUUACAAACUGGUCUCUGGACAGGGAGUCAGCUUAUCUGACGGGACUUGACCCGAAGUCUUUAAAUAAUGGGUAGGUUUGCUUCGGCUUACCGCCUUUAUUUCAAAUAACCUCAAGACCGCGUGGCUUAAGUAUAUUCCAAGGCCAAAGAUGCAAGUAUGUGUGCUUGGAGAUCAGCAGCAUUGUGAUGAGGCCAAGCAGUUAACGGUACCCUGCAUGGAUGCUGAAGCUCUAAAAAAAUUGAAUAAGAACAAGAAAUUAGUCAAGAAACUGGCUAAAAAGUAUGAUGCUUUCCUUGCAUCAGAAUCGCUCAUCAAACAGAUUCCACGUUUGCUGGGUCCUGGUCUGAACAAGGCUGGUAAAUUCCCUGGUCUGCUUUCUCACCAGGAAUCUAUGACCAUGAAAAUUGAUGAAGUCAAGGCUACUAUUAAGUUCCAGAUGAAGAAGGUACUUUGUCUCUCGGUGGCCGUUGGACACGUAGACAUGACACCUGAUGAACUUGCACAGAAUGUGCACUUGUCAAUCAACUUCUUAGUAUCACUACUAAAGAAACACUGGCAAAAUGUACGGUCGCUACAUAUGAAGUCAACCAUGGGUCCACCUCAAAGACUGUACUAAAAAAUACAAACAAUAAACUUGACUUCGAAAAAUAACUUACUGCUUUUAUUUUACACUUCGGUAGGGGAAACCACGCAAUCAUUGGCACUCGUCCUAUUAUUGGCUUUUUUGAGUUUAGUUCGAAAAAAACAAGGAGACAAUACAUUAUUCAAGGUCGUUACAUAUUUUAAAAGAACAACCUAGUAUGGUUACGAAAUUUGAAAAUUGGCAACAUUAUUCCUAUAAUCUAUUGUUUCCUGGUUUUUUCAAACUAAACUCAAAAGUGCCAAUAAUUUUUUUUUAUUUUUUUUUUUUUGUAUGGCUUCGCACGGUUUGUGCAUUUAAGUAAUUAUUUUUUUGUAAUUAUUAUAAAGGUUAGGAAAAGAAAAGGAGGGUUUUCGGGAUUUUCAAUAUUAGGAUCAGGAGGGUAUACAUAUAUUAGUACAAGACUAAAUUAAAAAAAAAUAUAUAUAAAAAGAAUUAAUUAUUAACAUAUGUACAAAAUAACACAAUAAAGAUAUGCACAAAUUAUAUUUAUAUUUUAAUAUUAUUAUGGCUAAUGAAAUUGGUGAGGCAAUUAUAUACAGAUGGUUUAUUAGUGGACAAUAAGGUAGGCACAGAUGUAGGGAAAGGAAUAUGAAGGGACACAAGAUCAUUGAAAAAGAAGGAGCGGUCAUAUUUUAAACAAACAAAGAAUAUGUGUAAAGAAAAGUUUACUAGAAAAAAAU